GCCUACACACACAUUCAAUGCAAAUUGCCAAAUGCUGUCGAAAUUAGGGGAUUUUCAUGGAUUUCGUGUUUGUUUGGAUCCAGAUUUUCCUUCAAAGUCAACACAUGAUCCACGAUAUCUGGGAUUUAGACGUUAAACGGCAUUCAUACUCGAUCUAAAUUACGAGGGUCUGCUGUCUCAAGGAAUCGUCAAACCAGACUGCUCCAAGCUGAACAACUUACACAUUGGAGAACUACUAGUGAAGGAGUGCAAUCUCCUUUCAUUGUACCAUGAACUGGACUAGAUAGUACUAGAACAGAGGCAUUCCCAAUGCAAUGAAGGAGAAACAGAAAGAGAAAACAGGGCGGGCCAAUGAUCUGAAGAUGAAUCGUCAUGGCAUCCGUUUAAGAACUCAGCCUCGUCUUGACUCCAAGUGGCUCAAAAUUGAUAUUCAGGGAGCUUUUGGUAAUGUAUCAUUGAGUCACCUAUGGAAUGAGUUAGUGAGAGAAGGUGAAGUGACUGUGGGAUUGUCUGACAGUAUCAUCAACUCCGCUGGCUUUCCUGCCAGAAAAGGGGAGACAGGGAAGUACUACUGUGGCCGUAGGGUGCUGACAUGCACCUGUUGUGAGGGACGAUGUGGGCCAACCAAGGGGUGCAACUGUUCCUCUUGUCAGAAGCUUGAUGAAGAAGAGAAACACUCAGAAGCCAAGGAUACCCUUCACUCUACCAGCUUUAUUGAGUCUUGGACAUGGGGGACACAGCCAGAUGUAAGUGAAUUGCGUAGCUGUUUGACAUCUCUGAUCAGUGAGCAGAGAGACCUGCUAGCACAGGCUGCUCUGUCCACUCUAUCAUCUGUAAGACUACGUCAGAGACUGGUCAUCAUAGAGAGGUACUUCUUAGCUCUAGCAAGACAGAGUCCUGAACAGAAGGCAACAAUCAUUGGUGGCAAGACACAGGAAGAAACAACCAAGGAGGUCCAACAAACAAAGAGUGUGAAGAAACUUAAGGAACGAGCUACUGCCUCUCUAGCAAGGGUUGGUGCUAGGACAGCUCUGUCCUUUGCCUUUGCCUUCCUACGUCGUGCAUGGAGAUCAGGAGAGGAUUCAGACCUGUGUUCAGAGCUCUUACGUGAUGCUUUAGAAGCUCUUCAGUCUCUUCCAGAGGCUACUCUAUUUGAUGAAUCAUCUAUGUCUAGUGUAUGGGUGGAGGUAGUAGAGAAAGCAACUAACUUCCUCAAAUCAGUUGUUGUAGGUGACCUGAAUGCCUGUGCCAGUGCCAAGGGAGUGGACACCAUCCCUGUAGCAGACCAACACAGUGCCCUUGCCCUUCUCCUUGAGCUUGCUGUCCAACGUGGCACCCUAGGCCAUCUCCUGGACGCCACACUGCUCCUGCUACAGCUAUGGGACAAAGGACGCCAGGAACCUGACAACAGGAACAGUCCCCAGGGUACUACUGCACCUAUGGUACCCCUUCUCAAGAGGUUUGAGAAUGUACCAAGUCCAAAGGGAAGGUUCCUCAUAGAGGCUGUCAGUGGAAACGCAGAGGUUCCAGUGGGUAUGAGCCCCAGUCCCACAGAGUGUUUUCUGCGUUAUCUUGAGAUCCCUGAUGAUGAGGAUGCAUCCAUUGACUUCCAGCAGGCAGCAGUCAUCAUCAUGUCUCACCUGGACAGACUAGCUGCUCCAUACAUGCCUCCUCCACUCACUCAGAAGGGUCCUCUGAUUCCUCAAGGCCAAGAGGUUUGGGGUUGGGGUCUACUCCCAUUCAAGACGACAGGUAGUAACCCUACCUGUGCUAGCCCCUGUAUGCUGGAAUCACUAAGUGAGUUUGGUGUCGUGCAGAUGGCUUGCUCUGAGAGGUGUCUCAUUGUCCUGACCAGAACCAGCAAGGUUUACUUACAGUACUUCAACAAUGAACCACCGGGAUUUCAUCUUGUAGAUGGUUUAUCCAACAAGGAUGUGAUCCAGAUUGCAGCUCAUCCUGAAGGCAAGCAUUACCUUGCUCUAACAGCCGACUGGGAAGUCUAUGCGUGGGGCAAUGGUGAAGGAGGCAGACUUGGUCUUGGUAACACAAGUGCCAGAGAAGAUCCAACUCUUGUACAAGGUCUGCCAUCCCAGAGCACUGGUCAGCAUGUCAUCCAGAUAUCCUGUGGAAGCUCCUACAGCGCUGCAUUGACAUCUAAUGGAGAGGUGUAUACAUGGGGCAGAGGCAUCUAUGGAAGACUAGGACAUGGUAACAGUGAUGAUCAGCUCACUCCCAAGCUAGUCAGUGGGUUGAAGGAACAGAAGUUUGUUCACAUUGCUCUUGGAAGUAACGAUGGUCAGACUUUAGCUGUUACAGAUACAGGUUUACUGUUCUCUUUUGGAAAUGGUGACUAUGGCAAGCUAGGACGGGGUGGUAGUGAUGGAUGUAAGCUUCCAAAGUUGGUUGAUAAGCUUCAGGGACAACAUGCUGUCAAAGCCUGCUGUGGAAAUCAAUUCUCAGUCAUACUCACCAAGACUGGAACAGUCUAUACAUGGGGUAAAGGUGAUGGUCACAGACUCGGUCAUGGAUCAGAGGAACACCAGAGAUUCCCCAAGAUGAUCGAAGCUCUGCGAGGAAAGAAGAUUGUUGACAUCCAAUCCUCUGGAUGCCACACAGUGGCCAUUGCAGAGUCUGGAGAGUUCUUCUGCUGGGGGCGCAACGACCAAGGCCAGCUAGGGCUUGGUGAAGCAGCAUUGAAAUCUAACAAGGGAGAGCCUACUCUCAUCGAGUGCAUGGAAGGAAAGAAGCUCUGUGGCUUGGCGUGUGGAGUUGCUCAAACCUUUGCUUGGACAUCAAGUGCCCACUGGUCAGUAGGUCUGCAUGUACCAUUCAGUGUAGAUGUGACUAGGACCACCUUUGAGAAGCUAGACCUGCUCCUACAGAGGGUGUGUGAGGGCAUAGAAGGGUCAGGAGAUUGGCCCCCUCCUCAGGAGAAAGAAUGCAUGGUGGUAGCUGCUCUAAAUCUGCUACGUCUUCAGCUUCAUGUAGCCAUAAGUCAGAGCCAGGACCAUGAACGUCUAGGACUUGGUCCUAAGAGUCCUCUCCUAUCUAACCUGAAGCAGAGGAUCGUUGAGCUAGCUAGUAAAGCUGGUAUCAUCACCACGGUCCAGAAUGCUGCACAAGCCACACUACAGACAGGCUGGUCCAUGCUGCUUCCUACCGCUGAGGAAAGGGCAAAGGCACUGUCUGCUCUGCUGCCUAGUGGAGGGACAGAAACGAUUUCCAUGACACCGGGUCGUCGCUUCAUGAUGGACCUGCUGGUUGGAAGUCUGAUGGCCGAUGGUGGUCUAGAGUCUGCCCUGCAUGCUGCUAUCAGAGCUGAGAUCAGACAGAUGGAGAGUCAGAGAGAGAAGGACAUCGCAGACCCUGGUAGUGAAGCUGAGACGGAGGAAGAGGAAGGAACACAUCUUGGUCCUGACGCUACCAGGGAUGCAGCAGAUCAGGUGCCACUAGAAGGGAGGAGGAGACAUUUUAAGAGGAAGAUGGUUGCCGUGGCAGCUAGUGAUGAUGAGAGUAUCUGCAUGAGUAUCCCAUUACUCCAAUUAGUCCAGCAGCUAUUGAGGAAUGCAUCCUCAUUGACUCUGUCCAAACUGCAGGAGCUAUCGGCUGAAUUCAACAAGAUGGAGCCUCAUCCUGAUAAAUCAUCUGGAGUCAAAUCCACAUCCGUGGAGCUCCUUCUCAAGUUCCAGCGUCUCCUGGUCCACACACUCUUCCCGUAUGAAGAAGAGAAACAAAAGGCUUGUGCUCAAGGAAUAGAUGCUGAGCUACUAGGUGCUGGAUCCUUGCUGAAGAAAUACAUCACACUUCUGAUAACACACAUCAAAGACAUCAUGCCUACAGCUACCAACCUAGCUGGAAGAUCUCCUAAACAGUUUGCUUCAGUAGCAGACAUCAUACAGUCAGACUUAUCAGGUGUAUUGCUUCCUGAGUUGGUGACGUGCUUAGUGCUUCUCCAGACCAAGUGUCCUCUGAUCAUCCAGCGAUGUGGAGCAGUUACUGUUCUCUCUGGUCUCCUGGAUACCCUAGACUCCUUCAAUCGCUUGGCUCCAGCCCUCGAGAAGGAGGACUCCGAUGAUCUUGCCUGGCCUGGCCUCUCUGCUUCUGCUAGAACCCCAGUGAGUCUACCAUCAGAGCCCAACUCCCCUGAUGAGCUUCCUAUGAUUCGGAAGGCAGACCUUGAGAACCAUAACAAGGACGGUGGUCUGUGGGUUGUGAUCGAUAGCAAGGUGUAUGACUUGAAAGACUUCCAUGAAGCAGCUCCUUGUGGCAGUGACACCCUACAGCAGUAUGCAGCUCGAGAUGCUACAGAGGCUUUUCAUGCUGCUCAUGAAUCAGCGGAGGUGCUUCAGUUGAGAGAACAGUAUCUUGUGGGGGUGUAUGUACAGCCUGAGCAGGAUGAGGUGUUGAUGUCUACCAGCAGUGUGAUCUCAUCACCCUUGAUGGAUACAGAGAGAGCGUUGGGUCUUCUGCUCGGCCUUCACUCUUGUCAUCAAGCUCGGAGCCUACCCCUCAUUCCUCCGGAGGUGGAGUACCAGACAUGGCUCAAGUCACGUCUCUUCAGCAGCGGCAUGCAGCUUGGCCAGAGACCAAGCUUCUUUGAUCGUGGGAGUGAUGGCGAUCGUUCCGUGGAUCAGACCCCGUCCAUGCUGACCUCGCCCCUGCAAGGUUCAGCACCACAGAUGCACAAACUGGAUGACAACAUGAAGUCGUUCUCACGUUGCGCCUCGCAGGCAGACAUCGCCAAACCUUUCCUGCAGGCGCUUGCGGAAGGUCGUCUUCAGGACAUCAAUGUGAAGACAUUCCUUGCUCAAUGUGAUAGAUACUGCCGCUCCCAUCAUCACACUCUACCCAUCGACUUCUCACCAACCCACAGCAUCGAGGUGGUCUGUCGUCUUCUUAUGGCUUGUAUCCUCAAGCACCAUGACUUGGGACAUGUCGCUCUGGCUGUGGUCGAGCACAGUCUGCAGACAGAGGGCGUCCCAACGGUUGUACAUCGGCAUCAUCACGCCUUUGUACCAAGAUCCAUUGCUGAUGUCUGCAAGGUGGCAUUCCAAGCCAAACGCAAUCUUGUGAAGAUUCAUCAGGAGAGGUCUGUAGGAUACGAUGAGAUGUGUAUGCCAGUUAUAGAUCGGCUAAGGUUCCUGUUUAAUGAGCUCCGGCCAGCCAUAGCUAACGAGGUUUCAGCUCUAUCACGCCUCAAGGUCCUCAACACACCUCCAAGAUGGAAGAAGGUUGUACAGAGAAUGAUCAGAGAAAAACGAGCCGUCGCUUCUGCAGGAGGAGCAAGAGGAGAUAAGGAGUACAAAGAGACCCAGACCAAGGGAGAGGGUGAUCCUUCUGAUGAUCCCGACUCAAUGACAUCAUCUACCACAUCUACCACAUCAGCUACCACACCUACAACAGGCCCCACCACACCAGGAGGGGCUCCUAAUGGUGGAGUGGUCAAGAUCUUCCCCGGGAAACCAAGUCAACAUGGCAAGACAGAAAGGAAACUCAAAGAUAGGGAUUCCUGGAAGUCGGUAGCCAAUGCCAUCACCAGUGCCCGUAAGUUCAAAUGGUUGAGACAGCGUAUGACAGGGUCAGCUUCCCAGACAGCUCUCAUGACAGAGAUCAUUGAGUUUGCUAUACACUCAGAGAAUGUCAAUGUGGAGAAACUCAGGAGGGCGCUGUACUGUCAGUUGGAGAGAGCUGAAUGUAGACUGGAAGGUUCUGAGGCCAUGAUAGCUCAGCUCAAGAAGCAAGACUUGAUCCCUUCAGUACGUUAUGCUAUGCUGUGUGGCUGGCAAGGUCUACUAGAACCUGAUAAAGAUCCCAACACCUCCGGUAACUGCUUGAGCAAUGUUCACCUGAUCCCUCCCUACGAUCGCAUCGUCCUCCAGACCUCGUUCGCCAAGCUGAACCGCUGGUCCAUCGACCACCUGCGCACCCUGAUCUUAGAGACCCAGGAAGCCCUGGAUGCCCAUGCUACCAAACCCAUGGCAGCAGCUCAAGGUGGUCUAGGGACACCCCUAGGGAGUGAGGAUGAAAGGUCUUCAAUCACGUUAGGAACCCUUCCUCAAGCUCGCUUUGUCCUUGCCAUGCUAGGUCUCCUGACGGCUGAGCAACCUGCUAGUGGUCUCAGUCUCCUGCUUAACUCUGGAUUGCUCGCUCUACUACAGUCAUUACUCAGACUAGCUGGUCCUAAGAAAGGGAGACUAGAGCAGGAGGAGAGCCCAGCACCCAACACAGUGUUUGAGGAGACAAGGAGUCGUCCUCAGCCAGCACCUGUUCCUACCAGUGGACCUGAGCUAGCAGCUCUGAUGAAGAUUGGUACCAGGGUAGUCAGAGGACAGGACUGGAAGUGGGGUGAUCAGGAUGGACCACCCCCUAGUGAAGGUCGAGUGAUCGGAGAGCUUGGGGAGGAUGGUUGGAUACGAGUCCAGUGGGAUACCGGUAGUACUAACUCCUAUAGAAUGGGUAAAGAAGGAAAGUAUGAUCUGAAGCUAGCCGGUCCUCCUCCUAUGAUGGAACUUACUGAAGAUGAGAAAGACUGUAUCCUCGAUCCAGCUGAGAGUAAACUGUUAGUGGAGUGCAGGAUGCCCACCGAUCUGAUCCGCCAUUGCUGUAUCUGUCUACUCCGCCUGCUGUCACUCAGCUGUGGUGUCCAUGCUGAUAGUGUCCAGAGAGAUGCUACCAGGGUGCUAUGUGGUCAGCUACAGUCACUGGUCAGUGUAGGAACCACUGCUGCCACACCAACUAAUGGAGAGCAACCGUUGGCCAGCAUCCUAGCUCAUCAGCAGUACAAGGAAUGGUGUAGUCUAGGAUUCGUUAAGAGCAUCUCAUCAUGUUCAGGUCUAUCUGUAGCUCUCAGUACUCCUGCAUGGAUUGAUCUACUAUUCAGUCUACUCAAAGCAGACCAAGUACAACCACUCAACAUUACUACACAGAUCCUAGCCCUACGUCUCCUGCAGACUGUGCUACCAGCCUGGUCCGAGAGUGAAGCUCAAGAUAGAACAGAAGAUCUGGUCUCAAGACUGUUUCGUGUCCUAGGAACCUGUAUGCUGACAUGCUGCUCUGAUACACCAUCAUCUAUCUAUGAGUUUGGCAAGAAACCGAAGGCAGGUUGCAAGGCGAAGGUCUCCCUGACUGCACCCUUCGCCAGUACAGUAGCUGAAGAGAUCGUUCUGCUACUGAGGAAGCUUCAUAUGCUACCAGCCUGGAAUCUAUUCAUCAACAAGUACAUCAAUCAGAGACUAUGUAAAGUGGUUUCCAUGGUUACGGAUGAAGCAGGUCCUCAGCCCGGAGAGCAUGAUUCAUACCGUGUUCGUCAAGGAGAGGUGAUGGCCGUCCUGGCCAUGAUAGGAGGUGUGGAUGACCGACCAAGACUUGGUGGUCAAGUCAGGCAUGAGGAGUAUGGAGUAGGGACACUGGUCAGCAUGGCUGCUAACGGGAGACUGACCGUUCAGUUUGAUGGUCAAAGAACCUGGAGGGUUUGCCGCAUUUCAACACUGUCUCCAGUUGUAUCAAUCCCAUUCUGUGUUGAGAAGUUAGUCUUGACUCCAGCUGUUCUUGAUAUGUGGAGUCAGUUGAUCAGUCUUGCUGCAAAUGGGUUCAGGAUUCAUCGAGGCUCUAUGAGUAGAGAUAACAGUGGCAGUACACUCAGCUCAGUGGAACAUGAAGGAAUAGACCUCCAGCUUCUUCGCAAGCAGCAGAUGCGUCUGGGUCUGCUACAGGCUGCUCGUAAGGUCUUCAGUCGCCAAGACAACCUCCGUCAGCUACUCUCCUUGACGACUGCAGCAUGGGACAUGACAUCGUCUAGCGGUGGAGGUACAUCGUCGUCUGAGGAGGGUAGUAGUCCUGAUGAGAUAGGAGCAGUCGAGAGGUACACACUGCUACAACAGCUCAUGUGUGCUGCUACUCAACCAUCACCAGUCAAGGCUCUAUUCAUCAGACAAGAACUCAAAUGUGCAGCUCUAGCCCUGACCCAACACUUAGUGAAGGAAGCAUUCUGUCCUCUGAACGGAUCCGACCAGGAACCCAUCAUGCUUAAGACUGACUUCACUCCUUCACCUUCAGCCAUGGAGACUGUAGGACUCCUUCCUAAGCUGCUUCGUUCACAUCGUGCUAAACCUCUGGAGCAACCUCCGUCUCCACUCGUCAAUCAGAUGAUGGACAUGGGCUUCCCAAGGAAACAUGUAGAGUUCGCUAUCAAGGCAAUCACUGGUGUAUCUGAUGCCCAGCCUGGCCCAGAGGCUGUAGUCAACUGGUUGGUGGAUAACCCUAACAUCCAGAUUCCACCUGAUGUGUCAGAUGUUGAGAGUAACUCCUCGUAUGAUAACUGCUCCGACUCGGAUCUCAAUAUCGAUGAUGAGUUUGAGGACUUGGAAACAGACUAUGAACAGUUGAUAUCUCCUGAGACCACCGUCUUCAAGAAGAGGAGUGAUUUCUUGAGCAAUGAUGACUUUGCGAUGUACGUGAGAGAUCACAUACAGGUUGGGAUGAUGGUCAGAUGCUGUAGGACAUACGAAGAGGUACAAGAGGGCGACAUUGGAAAGGUCGUCAAGCUUGAUCGUGAUGGUCUUCAUGAUCUGAAUGUCCAGGGAGACUGGCAUCUGAAAGGAGGAACCUACUGGGUCAGGUACAUCCAUGUAGAGCUUCUAGGAUUCCAACCACAAUGUGCUCCAGGAUCUAACAUCAAGGUCGGUGAUCGGGUCAGGGUCAAGAGGUCAGUCUCAGCUCCAAGGUACAAGUGGGGUUCAGUCAACCAUCAGAGCAUCGGUACUGUCACUGGUUUCAAUGCGAAUGGGAAGGAUGUGACAGUGAACUUUCCUCAGCAACCUCACUGGACUGGUCUGGUAUGUGAGAUGGAGCUCGUCCUCAGCACUCAUCCUGGCAUCACGUGUAACGGAUGCACUCAGAGUCCUAUUGUUGGCCUACGAUUCAAGUGUAAGACGUGUGGAGAGUUUAACUUCUGUGAGAACUGCUUCAGAAACAAACGCAAUCAUAGACACACCUUUAUGAGAAUAUCAGAACCUGGUCUAACUCCAGUGAAUGUAGGUCGACCUGGGCGUAGCGGCAGCAAGAAGGCCCCUCCCGCAGGCUCUCUGAUUGAGGAAUGGUCUCGCUGUGUGAAGAACCUGACAGUGUCAUCCAAGGAAGGUCAAAUGUCACGUCUUAUUGAUGGUAAUCCUAACACCUACUGGCAGUCCUCAGGAUCACAGGGAAAGACAAAGCAUUGGAUCCGUCUGGAGAUGCACAACGAUGUCCUGCUGCAUCGUCUGAGGAUGGUGGUCGAUCCCAAUGAUAGCUCCUACCAACCAUCUCUCAUCAUCAUAUCAGGAGGGGAUACCAUCUCAGGAGUGAGAGAGUUGAAGACCAUCAGAGUCAGUCCGUCUGAGUCCAUGGUCACCCUGCUUCAAGACUGCACAGAGUUCCAUCGUUUCCUAGAGAUUGCAAUCAAACAGUGCAAAUCAAGUGGCAUAGACUGCAAGGUUCACGGUCUCUCAAUCAUCGGUCGGUCAAGACCUGACGAAGAUGACCUUGCCUCGACCUUCGCCUUCAUGUCCUCAGACAAUGAGGAUGACCAUGGUACUAACAUGAUGACCAGGUUAUCCUCCAGGCAGCGGUCAGCGGGUGACCAUGGCGGCAGCAGAGAGAUUCAGACUAAGGUGUUUGUAUGGGGUCUGAAUGAUAAAGACCAGCUUGGAGGACCAAGAGGGUCAAAGAUCAAAACACCUGUUCUGAAUGAGUUCCUAUCUAGCCUGAAGGUUGUGUGCUGUGCAGGUGGAUCCAAGAGUCUCUUUGUUGUGACCGCUGAGGGUAAAGUGUAUGCCUGUGGAGAAGGAACCAACGGUCGGCUAGGACUAGGGUCAUCACAGAAUGUGGACAUCCCUAAACAGGUCAAUGGACUCUCACAGUAUGUGGUCAAGAAAGUAGCCGUUCAUUCUGGUGGACGGCAUGCUAUGGCACUGACUGUAGAUGGCAAGGUGUUUUCAUGGGGAGAAGGAGAUGAUGGGAAACUGGGACAUCUUAGUAGAAUGAACUGUGAGAAGCCUCGCCUCCUUGAAGCUCUGAAGACGAAGCGAAUCCGAGACAUUGCUUGUGGUAGCUCACACAGUGCAGCAGUCACAUCCAGCGGUGAGCUCUAUACAUGGGGUCUAGGAGAGUAUGGCAGACUAGGUCAUGGUGAUAGUACUACACAGCUCAGACCUAAACUGGUCAAAGCUUUGGUUGGCAAGCGUGUCAUCCAGGUGGCCUGUGGGAGUAGAGAUGCCCAGACCCUGACACUGACCGAUGAAGGAAUGGUCUACUCCUGGGGGGAUGGAGACUUUGGCAAGCUAGGGCGGGGCGGCAGUGAAGGAUGCAGCGUACCACACAAUGUAGAGAGAUUGAACGGUCAAGGAGUGAUACAGAUUGAGUGUGGGGCUCAGUUCUCAUUGGCCCUUACCAAGGCUGGUCAAGUAUGGACAUGGGGGAAAGGUGAUUACUUCCGUCUAGGUCAUGGAACUGAUUCUCAUGUCCGUAAACCUCAAGUGGCUGAAGGUCUGAAAGGCAAGAAGAUCAUCCAUGUUGCUGUAGGAGCACUGCAUUGUCUAGCUGUCACUGAUACAGGACAGGUGUUUGCGUGGGGAGAUAAUGACCACGGUCAGCAGGGCGAUGGAUCCACGACGGUCAACAAGAAGCCCGCCCUCGUGCAAGGUCUUGAAGGAGUCCGCAUCACCAGGGUAGCCUGUGGCUCCUCCCACAGCACCGCCUGGGCAACCACCGACACAGCAAUCCCAUCAAUGCAUGAACCAGUCCUCUUUACAACUCCAAGAGAUCCUCUAGGUGCUACAGAGUUAGGUGUGUUUGGAGAUCCAGGUCAAGAGGCAGCUGAUAAGAGUUCUUCCAUCGUAGGUGGCUCCUCCAAACAGCGCCCUUCACUUGCCAAGGUAGUACUGUCCCUUGAGAACAACAUCAGCAAGCAGCAGGCACUCAGUCAUAUCUUAACUACUCUGCAGAUCAUCUAUGCCAGAGAUGCUGUUGUUGGAUCACUCAUGUCAAGAACAGACACUAGUAUGUCUGAAUCAGAAGGAAGCUCAUUGGCACCAUCACCCACUGACCAGAGCCCUCUAUCAGCCGUUACUAGCCCUAUGGGUCUGGGCAGAAUGAUGGCAGCAGGAGAUGCUGCUCCGGGCAUGGAUAUGGCUGAGGAUGACUCUGAUCGUCCUGGUCCAUCUAGUAUCAACAGACACUCCUCUAUCAUAGCAGAGACUAUCACAAGUGCAGACCAGGUAACAAGUCCAGAAGAACAAGGAGGUGGAGCAAUCAUCUUACACAGUCUAGAUGACUUCACUGGUAAACUGCAGCCGGAUGAUGCUCGCAUCCUGGUAGACCUUCUCAAACUAGCGGUAGCAGGACGGUGUGGAGAGCAUAGUCAACAAGCCAUCUCAGAUACACUCACUGCCAUGGCUAAGGCUUACCCAGAGGUUGCUGACAUGUUGCUAGAGCUGUGUGUAACCGAGCUAGAGGAUGUAGCAGCAGACACCAAGGCAGGUCACUCAGCCAUGCAACCAGUCAUCCAAGAGAGCUCUCAUCCGUACGCUGACGACACCACUCUCAUCGGUAAUGUCCGCAUCCCAGGCGCAGAGGCCCUCCGUGUAGAAUUUGAUCGCCAGUGCUCCACGGAGCGACGCCAUGAUCCACUAACCAUCAUGGAUGGCGCCGGUCGCACGGUGUCAGUCCGAUCCGGCAGGGAAUGGUCUGAUUGGUCGGCGGAGCUUCGCAUCGCAGGGGACGAGCUGAAAUGGAAGUUUACGAGCGAUGGAUCAGUCAACGGCUGGGGAUGGAGAUUGACUGUGUUCCCUAUGAUGCCUGCAGCAGCACCUAAACACCUGUUGUCUGAUAGAGCUAUAUUGUCUCAGCCAUCUAUUGAUCUAGUCACCUGUCUCCUAGACUUCAGACUAGAGACCAGCAGAGAUAAGAAGAUCAUGCCUAGACUGGCUGCAGCUCUGGCUGCUUGUGCACAGCUUAGUACUCUAGCUGCAGCACAGAGAAUGUGGGCCUUACAGAGACUUAGGAAGCUCAUCUCUACAGAGUUCAAAGGUCAUCUCAAUGUAGAUGCCAUCUUAUGCCAGCAUGAAGCUCAGGCAGAAAGCCCCUCAUCCUUCGGGGACUUCAGUGGCACCGCGCUAGCAGCCCUAGUGAAGGGUCUACCUGAAGCUCUUCAGAGGCAGUAUGAGUAUGAGGAUCCCAUCGUUAGGGGUGGAAAACAUCUCCUACAUAGCCCAUUCUUCAAGGUGCUAGUAGCACUAGCCUGUGACCUGCAGCUGGACUCCCUACCUUGCUGCGCUGAGUCUCACCGAUGGGCUUGGUUCAGACGAUACUGCAUGGCUGCUAGAGUAGCUGAGUCUCUGGAGAACAGGACCAUACUACCAAGGGUGUUUGGUGAAGAGGUGAUGAAGAAGGUGACUCAGAUAAGCGCAGACUGGGAGGAACUAUCCAAGGAACAUGAAGAUCACAAGGUUUUCAAGAGAGAACAAGAUGAACAGAUACUACUAUGGAUGAACAGACGAUCUGAUGACUGGACGCUGUCUUGGGGAGGAAGUGGGACCAUCUACGGCUGGGGUCACAACCAUAGAGGUCAGCUAGGGGGCAUCGAGGGUGCGAAGGUCAAGGUGCCUACUGCCAUUGAGUCAUUGACCUCUCUCAGACCAAUCCAGAUUGUAGGUGGAGAGCAGACACUGUUUGCUGUCACAGCCGAUGGCAAGUUAUAUGCUACAGGGUAUGGAGCGAGCGGUCGUCUUGGAAUCGGAGGAACCGACUCCGUCUCAACACCCACCCUCUUAGAAUCCAUCCAACAUGUCCACAUCAAGAAGGUUGCGGUCAACUCUGGAGGAAAGCACGCCCUCGCUCUGUCCGUUGAGGGAGAGGUUUACUCCUGGGGUGAGGGAGAGGAUGGCAAGCUGGGUCAUGGAAACAGAACUCAAUGUGAUAGACCGCGUGUGAUAGAGAGUCUUCGUGGUAAGGAGGUGAUUGAUAUAGCUUGUGGUGGUGCUCAUAGUGCCUGCGUGACCUCUAGUGGUGAACUCUACACCUGGGGGAAAGGACGAUACGGUAGACUGGGGCAUGGAGACAGUGAAGAUCAACUCAGACCCAAAAUGGCUGAUGCUCUCAAAGGCUACCGAGUGAUUGACGUUGCCUGUGGCAGUGGUGAUUCCCAGACCCUCUGCAUAUCAGACGAUGAUAACGUGUGGUCGUGGGGUGAUGGUGAUUACGGCAAGCUAGGACGAGGUGGAAGCGAUGGAUGUAAAGUCCCACAGAAGGUGGAUGCGUUGAGUAGUAUCGGUGUGUGCAAGGUGGAAUGUGGCUCACAGUUCUCUAUCGCACUCACCAAGUCUGGAUGUGUCUAUACGUGGGGUAAAGGUGACUACCACCGUCUUGGUCAUGGAUCAGACGAUCAUGUACGGCGCCCCCGUAAGGUGGCUGCUCUACAGGGAAAGAAGAUCAUCUCCAUAGCAACUGGUUCACUGCAUUGUGUAGCCUGUAGUGACCAAGGUGAAGUAUACACAUGGGGUGAUAAUGAUGAGGGUCAGCUAGGAGAUGGAACAACCAAUGCUAUCCAGAGACCAAGGAUUGUUACUGCACUACAAGAUAAGAAGAUCACCAACGUAGCAUGCGGCUCUGCCCACACCGUUGCCUGGUCUACCAGCAAGCCUCUCCAUGCCGGCCGUCUACCCCAGACCGUCCCCAUGGAAUACAACCUCCUGAGAGAGGUCAAUAUCCCUGUCAUCAGGAACAGAUUGGUUCUACUUCAUCACUUCUCUGAACUCUUCUGUCCAUCUAUCCCUAUGUUUGACAUGAGAGAUAAGCAGAAUAGUUCAUCCGCCGGUAUGGGUAUCCUAGUAGGCAUCGAUGCACUCAGAGGACUCCUGGUCUCUUCUGGAAAGGAAGCAGCAUUCCGUAAGGUAGUCCAAGCCACCAUGGUAAGAGACCGUCAGCAUGGACCAGUCAUUGAGCUCAACAGGAUCCAGGUCAAGAGAUCUAGGAGUAAAGGUGGUCUAGCUGGACUAGACGGGACCAAGUCUGUCUUUGGUCAAGCCUGUUCCAAGUUGAGCCAGUUUGGAGCUGAUAGUCUCCUUCUACCACAUAGGGUCUGGAAGGUCAAGUUCAUAGGUGAGAGUGUAGAUGACUGUGGAGGAGGAUACAGUGAGUCUAUAGCUGAGAUGUGUGAUGAGCUUCAGAAUGGAUCUGUACCUCUCCUGGUGCUCACACCUAACGGACGAGACGAGGCUGGAGCUAACAGGGAUUGCUUCCUAGUCAAACCAACGGCUAGACUACAGUCACAUCAAAGCAUGUUCAAGUUCCUCGGAAUCUUGAUGGGUAUAGCGAUCCGUACAGGGAGCCCUCUCAGUCUAUCCCUAGCAGAACCAGUCUGGAAGCAGUUAGCAGGGAUGCCUCUCACUGUAGCUGAUGUCACAGAAGUCGACAAGGAUUACGUUGCAGGUUUGAUGUGUAUCCGUGAUAUGGAGUCUGAUGCUGAGGCUUUCAAUCAGAUGGACAUGCCUUACAGUACUCCUAGUGCAACAGGGCAAGAUGUACCUCUUAAUACCAAGUAUGCCAGAAUCACUGCUGAUAACAGGAUGGAAUACGUCAGAGCAGCUCUCAAUUACAGAUUGAGUGAGUUUGAUGACCAGGUCCAAUGGGUGAGAGAAGGGAUGGCCAGGGUGAUUCCUGUACCGCUCCUCUCCCUCUUCACAGGAUCAGAGCUAGAGACCAUGGUGUGUGGAAGUCCAGACAUACCCCUAGAUCUGCUGAAAUCAGUAGCGACCUACAAGGGAAUCGAUGCCACUGCUCCACUCGUUACAUGGUUCUGGGAGAUCAUGGAGGACUUCACCAACAACGAACGUUCUCUCUUCUUACGCUUUGUCUGGGGACGUACCAGGCUACCCAGGACUAUCGCUGACUUCAGAGGAAGGGACUUUGUACUGCAGGUCCUGGACAAGUACAACCCUCCAGAUCACUUCCUCCCAGAAUCCUACACGUGUUUCUUCCUUCUCAAACUACCCCGGUACUCCUGCCGGGAAGUCCUGAGAGAGAAACUCAAAUACGCCAUCUACUUCUGCAAGUCCAUCGACACUGACGACUACGCUCGCAUCGCUCUGACUGGUGAGGCUGCUGGAGGAGAGUCAUCAUCAGAAGACAUCGAAGAGGACGAGCUGGAUAGCAUUGACUUUGAUUCAGAAGUGGUGGAGUUGUCUUGAGAUGUGGCUUGAGGCUGUUGAAGCGAAUUACACUUUCUUGAUGAUAUGAACAUUUGGAUGUCUUGAUAAAACAGACUUUGUUUCAAGUAUACAUGAAAACUUACUUUGUGGUUAAAUUGAACCUUAAUGUGUUAUUGUGUGUUUGAAAUUUCACUGAGUUGCUGUCUACAGGCUUUAUACAAUGCUGUGUGGUUAGUUGUAAUCAAUGAGAUAAUUGGCCUUUUAUAGAGAAGGGAAUAUGAAUGUUAAAUUUCUAUUGUAAAAUGAUAACUUUAUUGUUUUGAAAAUGAUUGUACCACUUUUGAAGGUAAGCAGAUAUUGAUAAACUGUGCAUCAUCUAAAUUAGUGUCUGAGAGAAAAGUAAACAGCGUUUUUCUUUUAUAUAUGUAUAUAUUUAUAUAUAUAUAUAUAUAUAUAUAUAUGUAGAUGCAGAGUAACUGCAAAGGUACAUGUACAUGUACAUGUAGUCUUCUAUCUUGUUUACGUUCUCGAAAAGAUCUCAAAAGAAACCUGUGAUGUUGAGAACCAAAAGUGACCGUUUCAAAUACUAAAAUGCAUGAUCAAAUCAGACGUGUAUUUCAUAUCAUAUAGUCAGAAAUAUCAGAUUGAUGUUCCAAUUUUCAUAUUAGGAAUGUUUCCUAUUUACUUCCCAUCUGUGGCAUGCAUUUUGAGAGGUACAUCUGACUUCAGUCAUGCUAGAGUCGUUCAUUGCCUAUCGGACAGACUGAUGCAUUUGUUUUCUCUCUCUCUGAAAUUCUUUAGGGUAAGCACUGCUAUUUAAGAGUAACUGAUCUUUGUUGUUUUUAUCAUUCCGUAGAUAGCCUGUUUAGUUCUGAAAUUAGACUUUUUGAGCUUUUUGAAGUGAAAUUGAGAGUUAUAUGUUUACAUCUAACCUAUGGUUUAAGAGAGAAUGACCAUGGUUUAUAGAAGUUAUUUUUCAUUUUUUAGGUAUACUAUAUAAUUGUAUAGUCAGAGACUGGCUUAACAUUGCAUUUAUGUUAUGGCAAAAUUUUCAUAGAAUAUAUAUUUUUAGUGUAAAAACUUGUUUUGACUUAUUUGUAUCUGUUUUGCAAACUCUUCUGGAGCACAUGAGAGAUUGAAAUGAUCAGAAUCUAUUUGUUUUCUGGAUCUGGAUCUGGAUCUGGAUGUGUACGAUGAUAAAAUGUCUGAUUGAAUGUUUCCUACAUGUAAUUGUACAUUAUUGCAAGGUUAAUUAUAAAUUGAUGGUUUAUUAUACUUACAGACUCUCUGUUCUUUCUACCAAGAAUGGAACAUUUAUGUGCAACAAAAUAUGCAGCUGUAAACAUUAAGAACUGUUCAUUACAGUAUAUCAGCAUUUCUUGACAUAUUUUAGAUAUAUGUUUUUGUGAUUUAUUUGUUCAUAAAUUUAUGUACAGAGUGAUUGUAGUUACCACUCAAAAUAAUCUUGUUAAGAGUCAAUGCAAGAUUAUUUGUUAAUUGUUUCACUCUUUCUUCACUCAACCGUUCUGUUUUUCAUCGAUCUGACUACAUGUAUGUGAAAACAGAGCAAUUGCAUUUUCAAGUUUUUAAUCCAUAUUUGUACCAUAAAUAUGAGAGUUGUGUGGAGUUUGUUAUGAAUGUUUAUAGUAAAGCUUGUGUGAAAUUUGAGUGAAUUGAUAUAUAGCCUAAAAGGUAUGAUGCAUUUAAAGUAACCUUAUUAUUAAUAUUGCAUGACUGUACUUCACUCUUUGCAUGUUAAAAGUUUGUACACAUACAUGUAAUUAUAUACAUGUAUAUUACAAAUGGAUUGUGAUAGUGAAAUGGUAAGAUCAUUUUGGAUGUCUUUGUGAGCAGAAGUUAGAAAUUGAUUAGGAAUGUCUUUGUGUCAGACAUAAUCUUGUGUAAGAAUUAUGUAUGGUUUACUUAAAUUUAUAUUUAUGUAUUUAGUUUUAAAACCAUAAAGAAACAUAUUUCUUGUAGAAUAUUGAGCCUUGAUGUUAAUUAUAACAAUGACAAGCAAAGUUUGAUUCCCAUGACAUUUAAAUUCUGGUGUAAAUGCUACAAAUUGUGUAUAGUUGAAGGAUUCUUUUUCAUCACAAAUGUUAAUGAUUGUUGAAAGAUGCAAUAGCUUUGUAUUAUUAUGCUAAAUAUUUCUUACAUGGAAGUUUGUUAUGUACCAGUGUUACUUUUGUUCAUAUCUACAUAAUUUUGUGUCUCAUGCAUGUGCAGAAAUCUGUGGAUUAUAUAUCAAGAUUUUAUGCUCAAAGAUUAAAACAAUUCAUUGACUUUUGAACAGUUAGAAUGAAAUAUGUCAUUAUGUAACUGUGUUCCCAAUGCACUGUGUGUAACCUCUUUGUAAAUGUACUUCUAUAGGUUCUUAGCUAAGUUGCAAUUUGAAGUGAAUGUCCCGCUGAAUCAAUCACAGUUUGUACAUGUAUUAACAAGUUCUAACAUACAGUGAAAAGUGCUUAUUCUAUGCUAGCCUACAUAGCUAAUGAUGCACUAAGAACAUGAAGAAGAAUGGUAAGUUGAUAUAUAUGUGGUAGUCUGAUAUUAUGAGCAUUUUGUGUCUUGACUGGAGAGAUGAUCACUAUUAUCAGAUUUAUAUUCAGUCUUUUCAUUAUAGUAACAAGUUACUAGAAUAGAAAUCACAAUGUUAUCUAUUCUCCUAUUUGUCAGGUUAUAAUGUAUGCCUUGAUAUAUUUCAAGGUCUUGGCAUAAAUCAAAAAGCAACUGUAAAAGUGUAUAGACAGAAGACAUUUGUGAAACAAAUUAAUGUGUGAAUCAAGAUAUCGACUAUAACAAAAAAGAAUAACCUUGAUAGGUGUGGAAAGAUACAAACUUAAACUAUGUGAUAUUUGUGUGCAUAUAUGUGAAAUAAAAUUGCUAUUUAGCAGCUAUUGAAAAA